AUGGUAGCUCGCAUGAAAAAUGUAGAAAAUUAUAGAUACAAGUUGAACUGCAUAUUAAGUGAAGUGAUUAGACAACUGCUACUUGUAACCUCUGCACCGGAAGAGAAAAGAUAUAAUAUUUGUAAAGUUGGAAAGAAGGAAAACGAGAUACAAGUGGACACAACUAAUCACUUACAUUACGAAAAGUCCCUUCUGGUUACAGAAAAGUCUUUUAUUGGGAAAAUCCAAUUUCUCGCUACGGUCUUGAUGUUGAAAUGUCUUGCACAAAUAAGCACCGCACAGUGUAUUCAUCCGCCAGAUGCUGAAAAACAAAAAUUACAACUCAGGAAAAAAGUAUUCCGUGACUAUCUUCUUGGACACUGGACUUACAAUGUGAUUGACGAAUACCGUAAAAACACCAGACCUCCACGUGAGAGAAACCUGAUAGAUCUUCAAACAAGGCAGAGAAAGAUAUACGGAGAGAAAAGCUGUAGAAAGAAUGGGAAUAUUUCACACGAGUCAGAUAUUAGCUCGAAAUCUACUUGUCCCUGGUAUAUAGUACUGGAUGUUGACAUGCAGAGGGAACCACAAUCUAUUGCAAAAGCGAAAUGUUCAUGCAAGCGUUGUUUUACAGUUGACAGGAGUGGGAAGUCGAGAGACAGGUGCAAGGAGGUGAAUUCUUAUAUUCCCGUUAUAAAAUGGAGAUGCUCCAAUAACUAUUCUGGGAGUAGAAAAAAUUAUUUUAAAUACUUUGUCGACUUCGAAACUGUCCCGGUCGGAUGCACUUGUAAAAGGCCCAUUGAAGUAGCAAAUAAAAGUUAACUGAAAGAAAAGAAUAGAAAGCCAACCUGACGCACAAAAAGAGACUGAAAUGGUUUGAAAAGUUUUAAUAACUUCAAGACUCAAUUUUUCGAGUUAUUAACAGAAAACUGCAUAAGACAAUCUACUCAGUAAGACAGGAUACUCCUGUUGUUUUUUUUUUCUGAAAGGAAACGUGUUCAAAGAUACUGUUACAACCACGCAUUUUUCAUCAGGUAUGUUUAUUGCAUACUUAUUAUUUAUUUCAUCUAGUAUCUCAUCAAAUAGUAUUUGCUCAAGGAAAUAUACAUUGUCUCGCGUCUCUAAGAGGCAUUUUUGAAAUCCUUUACAAUAUGUUCUAGUCAGUAACAUUUUGUCUCCAAUCUGUAUUUGAUAUUAUUCUGUUUUCAUUUUGGGUUUUAUUUACAUUUGUAUGAAUGUCUCCAUUUUCGCCAAUAUUUACAUUUUAUUUUACAUUUUUAUAAGUGCUUUCAAUAGCAACACAGCAACUCAAGAAACGAAGGAUUCUCAUAAUUCCAAGAAUUACAAAUCUAUUUCAUAUUUCAAAGCAAUUUUAAGAUUUAUGUAUUUCCAUUAUAUUCGUAAAGGUGAAGUACUGAAAAAUCGAUGCAGUAUUUACGUAAUAUAAAUACAAACAAUUGCUAUAUUUAACGCAAUAUGCGUGUUCAUUCUGAUGCCAAUUUUACUUGUUGCUUGUCAUGUGUUUUUUUUAUAUAUUUUAUCACAUCGUUUUAUACAUAUUGUUGCUAUGAAAUAGCCAGAUAUUUAUGUUUAUUUACAUCUGUUUUAAACAGAAUACACAUGUAACAUUUGUACGGACGAUUCCUGUUUUGGAAUGUGUUGCUUUGAAAAUAAAAUUGUCAUACAGCUGUG